AUGACGUCUCGACUAUCCAAAGAGCAGCUGUUAGACGGAUUGAAACAUGCUGGUGCGGAAAUUCCAGCAAAUGCUUCUUCCUCCCGGCUUCGUGAGCUCUAUGACAAUGUUGUCGUUGGAAAUUUUAAAGAGGCUGGAGAACCUUCGGUUUCAUCGGAAACGUCUACCGCUGCAACUGCCUCAUCUGGUAUAGAAUGCCUCAUCUGGUAUGCAAAUUUAAAACUCGAAGUCAAUAAAUCUCAAGCAAAAGCUAAUAAUGAUGUGAAGCCUAAUGAUGCCAGAUAUGAACCUGAAGUAAAACACAAUUCUGAGGCCAAAUCUGAUGUUAAAACAAGACCUGCAGAUAUUAGCAAGGAAAGUCAAUUAGCCGUUACUGCUGUUGUCGCUUCAACUCAAGAUUCCGUUAAUGAAGCUGCUAAUUUGGACCUUCAAUUGGACAUUUUGCGAAAAAAACAUGAGUUAUUAAAACUUCAACACGCGAUCGCUGAUUUAGAAAAUGGCGGCUUAUUGCAGACCGAAGUUACACAAGUAUCAACACCACAUGUCACCUCGAACCGAUUGACCUUUCGUGACAUUGAGCACACCAUCGCCAAGUUCGAUGGUGAGAACCGGGCAUACGGUGUGUAUGAUUUUCUACGAAAUUUUGAUCGCGUUAUGAAUAUGGUUGCUGCUGACAAACUAUUUAAAUACACUUCUCUGUGUAACUCGCUGACGGGCACCGCACGGCUUUUAUUAAAUAGAACUGACGUUAUUAGUUACGCUCAACUAAAGGCAGCACUAGUCAAAGAAUUUGGCCGAGCCAUAAAUCGCGGCGAAAUUUAUAAAAUUUUAAGUAACUACAAGUGGAAUAAAAAGGAUAACCUCCGACGUUAUGUGUUAGAGAUGGAAAAUAUUGCAUCCCGCUGUGAUGACAUAGACGAAUUUGAACUAAUUGGCUUUAUUAUUAGUGGUAUGCAAGACAAUACACCAGAGGCAUAUUUGCUUAUGAACGCUCGUACAUUGGAUCAAUUUAAAGAGUCCUUGGAUUUGUACGAACAGCGCCGUGCUAGCCGUCCUGUCAUCAGCCGUGUUGCAGACACUCCAAAUAAACCAAUGAUGACAAAAAGAUCGGCUGAGGCCACUUCUGUCCCAUCGGACACUGCCAAUAUACGAUGCUAUAAUUGUACACAAAUGGGGCACUUUCAAAGCAAAUGCCCUUACGAUAAGCGACCUGAUGGAAGCUGUUUCCGCUGUUGGCAGAUGGGUCAUGAUCAUCGUAAUUGCACUUAUCCCAAGAAGUUACUGACUCAGCGUAAAAGGGAAAUUGCCGCUGUGAGUUCUGAUAAUGCUGACGUUAGAGAUGAUUUUUACGAAGAUACCAUUAGUGCUGUAAAUAAUGUAAGUAUUGCCUUUUGUGAUAGUGAGAUCAAGUGCAGAAGAUUUAUGAAUUGUUUUUCUCUUUUUGAUACCGGUAGCCCAACUAACUUUGUAAAGAGAUCUUAUGUUCCACAUUCCGUAAAUAAUACUGCAAUUAAGUCGAAAUAUCGCGGCCUAGGCCAAUAUGUUAUGAUGACUUAUGGAACAACAGAAGCAAAAAUUAAAUUUAGAAACCAAUGUGAAAAGAUAGUAUUGAAUAUUGUGCCGGACACAACUAUGUCUAUCCCACUCAUACUGGGGCGAGAAUUUCUUAAUAAAUUUAAUAUUCAUUUGUAUAAAAAAUUAAAAAAAGAGUUUUCAAAUAAAUGUACUGAAUUUCUGGAUGAAAACCGAUCAUUUUUCUGUGCACUUGAUCUUAAUAGGGAAGUCAAACCAAGAAGUCAAUCAGCUGUUAGUAGUGAUGUAGAAAAAAUAAUAUCCUAUAACCGUGACUAUUUGAAUCGCGACCAAAUUACUCGGUGUAAAUUAAAUGAAGACUUAGGCAAGGGCAAUGCGAUAAAAUCUGAGAUUUUAUGUGAAGAUGAAUAUGCUGCUGGUAACUACUGUGAUUUAGAAAGCAUUUUAUUUGAUGUUUGUUGUGUUUAUACGACUUUAUCAGAUGUUGAUGUCAAUCCGAAUCUCAGUCAAGAGCAUUUUGAAAAUUUGCGUGAUGUGAUUUACAGAAACUAUCUUGAGGCGAAUGAUAUAGAGGUAAAGCCUUAUGCGUAUGAAAUGAACAUCAAAUUAACAAGUGAUACUCCAUUUCAUUUUUUGCCACGCCGUUUAUCCUAUUAUGAAAGAGGGGAAUUGCGGAACAUUACAGACAAAUUAGUUGAAAAUAAUAUAAUUAGACCCAGUGAGUCUCCUUACGCUUCUGCUGUAGUUUUGGUAAAGAAGAAAAAUGGAGAAAUACGUAAAUGUGUAGACUAUCGUGCUUUAAACAAGCUUACUAUUAGAGAUAAUUUUCCAUUGCCUCUAAUUGAGGAUUGCAUAGAAUAUUUGGGUGGCAAAAAGUAUUUCACCACCAUUGAUUUAAAGAACGGGUUCUUCCAUGUCAAAAUGGCUUCAGAUUCAAUAAAAUACACGUCUUUCGUAACACCAUACGGGCAAUUCGAGUACUUACGUAUGCCUUUCGGUCUAAAGAAUGCACCUGCCAAAAUUUGUACCGAAUCACGCAAGAAUUACAAAAACCUUGAGGCAGCUGACACGAGAUGGGAAGUAUGUGCCAACAGAAGAGUGUUAUAA